GUCACCGUCAUUAGUGUCACCAUGAGUGCAGACGAGAAUAUUUCAUCCCAGUUUUCAUCGCAAGCAAUACCCAGUGUUCCCUCUACAACAUGCGACAUUCACGGAAGAUCCGUCGUCCUCUUCUGCAAAGACUGCGGAGUGACACUCUGCGACACCUGUUUGACCGACGGCAGUCAUCACAACCACUCAUAUUCAACCCUGAAAGACGCGUGCCAAGAACAAAUCAAGAGGGUAAUGCAGCGAGUGAAAAAGAUGAAAUCCAGCCUUCUGAAGCAGAGUGACAUCAGAGCUCAAGUGGACAAAGCCAAGAAAGAUAUUGAGGAGAUGUUCAACCAGACGAAGGAGAAGGUGGCAGACCAGUAUCGGGAGCUGCGGGAGUUAAUGGACCAGAAUAUGCAGCAGGCUUUCCUGCUGAUCCAGGCCCAGCAAGAGAGCAUGAUCCAGGGCUUGGACCAGCUAGCUCUGGAGGGAGAGAAAUGCCAGGAGAAAACCAAGCACAUCACAGAGGCUGUGGAAAAGCUCAAGAGGAAGCAGGAUGCAGACAGUGCUCCUAGUCUCUCGGAAAUCAAAACCCUGGACACCAGUAUUGAAGCAGUUGAAGAUUUCCACAGAAAUGUAGGGAAGAGACUGCGCUUUGACAAUAAGAGGCUGAAAGCACUUGAAAAUUCUGUCACAACAAUUGUCCAACGGAACAAGGACAUGCUGCCUCGACCAUGGGAAUUUGCAGAGAACAUCACUUUUGAUGGGAAAACUGCUCCUAAAAACCUUGAGACCUCUGAAGACAAAACCCAGCUGCGCUAUCUGCCCUCAUGCUGCCCCCCUGUGGGGAAGAAAAGCAAAGAGGAGGAGACCGUGUCUAACAUCCUGGCUUCCCAGUACUUCAGCCAGGGAAGCCACUACUGGGAGGUGGAGGUAAAGGGUAGAAAGAACUGGACGGUGGGAGUGGUGGACAAAGGCUGGGUGAAGAAGGGCAUGAAUCAAGCUCUUGGUCAAGACAGACUGUCAUGGGCUCUGCAGAUGGAUGCUGGGUCCUUGGUGGCCCUGCAUAGUGAUGACGUCACCAUGGUCAGAGAGGCAGAGAUUGAGGUACUGGGUGUCUUCCUUGACUUCAGCAAGGGAUGGCUGCAGUUCUAUAACGUUCAUAGUGGAAGUGUCCUGCACACCUUUGUGGCCAAGUUUAAGAAUUCCCUGUACCCUGCCUUCAGCAUUGAGGCUGAAAAAGGCAGUGUUCAUCAGAUGAGGAUUUGUGCCCUCGUGCCACAGAACCUGUCUAGAGACAUAGGUAGCAGGGCUGGCCUCUUAAGUGACCGGAGGCCGUCCACAGAUUCAGGCAUUGGGAGAUUUGUUAGUAUUCCCACUGAGGUUCCUGCAGCAAAUGAAUCUGAGUUCUUAGAUGUAGGGGAUAUAGCUGUUACCUUUAUUGAUAGGAGGCUGUCCACAGAUUCAGGUAUCGGGGGAACCCUUGAUAAUCCCAGUGAGAUUUCGGCAGCAAAUGUACGUCCUGUCUACACUAACCCCUAUGCCUCAGACAUGUCCUCGCCUGUGGCCAUGCAAGUCUUCACCAUCUUGAUGGUCCAGCUGAUGGUGACCUUUGGACUCAUGGCUCUCUUCACGUUCUGA